CACUACUAUUUUACAUAGUUUAGUUACAUUCAUACAAGGACCAACCCAAAUCCCUUUUCCUUUCUUUCUCUUCUUUUCUUUGUUUUUUUCCCCCACCUCUCCACUCCCUUGUCUGCUAGAGCUUACAAAACCUGCUUAUUUGGGACAAACAAAAGGAGAGAAGAAGGAAGAAGAAGACCUCAAAACUCGACAUCAAUGAAUGAAGAACGAGCUGUCUAGUUUUUGUGCGGCGUAAACAACGCCGGGGAACCUCUCAACAACCCCAAAACCCAGAGGGGUGUAGUUGAGUGUAAUUUGUAAGCGAAAGAAAGGUAAAAGAGAAAGAAGGAAGGGCCAGAGAUGGUGGGGUCAGGAGCUUCAGACAGGAGCAAAGAAGCUGUUGGGAUGAUGGCCCUUCACGAGGCCCUUAGAACCGUCUGCCUCAAUUCAGACUGGACUUACUCUGUUUUCUGGACAAUCCGCCCUCGUCCAAGAAUCAGAGGAGGGAAUGGAUGCAAAGUUGGGGACGACAAUGGCAGCUUGAUGUUAAUGUGGGAAGAUGGGUUUUGCCGAGGGAGAGUUUCAGAGUGCUUGGAGGAGAUUGAUGGGGAUGAUCCUGUUAGAAAAGCCUUCAGCAAGAUGUCGAUUCAGCUAUAUAAUUAUGGAGAAGGGCUGAUGGGGAAAGUUGCAUCAGAUAAGUGCCAUAAAUGGGUGUUCAAAGAACCCACAGAAUGCGAGCCAAACAUUUCAAAUUACUGGCAAAGUUCAUUUGAUGCUCUUCCUCCAGAAUGGACUGAUCAGUUUGAUUCAGGAAUUCAGACCAUUGCUGUCAUUCAAGCUGGACAUGGCCUCCUUCAACUUGGUUCCUGCAAGAUUAUACCAGAAGAUCUGCAUUUUGUGCUGAGAAUGAGGCAUACUUUUGAAUCACUUGGGUACCAAUCUGGUUAUUAUUUGACUCAACUCUUUUCUUCAAAUAGAAACUCAUCCACUUCUCCAAUGGCUUCCAAGCAAGCUUCCAUUCCCAUUCACCCACCUCCCAGCCUCCUCAAUUGGGCACAAAGGCCAAUCCCAUCUCCUCCAACAUCCCUCCUUCCUUCACCCAACUUCCACGCCUCCAAUAGGCUCGGUUUCCCGCAGUCGAAAGACGAGACACACAUGUUUCUGUUACCGCAUUCGUCCGAAGCUCGAAUGGAAGACGUGAUGGGUGAUCACGACAAUGAUAUCAAAUGGCCAAACGGGUUGUCUUUGUUCAAUGCCCUCACUGGACGUGCUGAUGACGCUAAGCUUCUAUUCAACCCAGAGAGCUUAGGAACCAAACCUGAUCAAACUCAACACCCGAACGGAGGUAACUCGAACGAGUUCUUGAGCCUAGAUAGCCAAUCUGAGAAUAGUAGGAAGAUGGAAAGCAAGUUCAAGAGAAGCUUUACCUUGCCUGCAAGAAUGGCUUCGUCGUCAUCGUCAACUUCCCUCGACCAUAAUCCACAUCAAUCGGUCGAAUACCGAAACUCGUCGGAGCAGGCAGGCAUGUACUCGGACGUGAUGGAGACGUACUUGGAAUGAAGAUGGGAAAGCUUUGUGGUUUCUGUAUUGCCUUUAAUUUCAGUUAGUUUGUUCAUGGAUUUGGAUGUUCUGUUCUUUGUAGUUUCAUCUAUAUAUAUGCGUUUCUCACAA